AUGACUUUAGUACAAUCAAUGAUGUUUGAAGAUCAUUUUAAUACACAUUUUAGAUCACGUAGUUUUGAAUUAAUUAAAGAAGCUAAAACUGCAAGAAUCAAUAAAAGAUCAUUCAGUGAUGAUUUGAAUACUACCUCCAAUAAAAGAUCAAGAACUGCACCACCUUCUCCACCUUAUGAAUCAAGAUCAAAAUUAAUAAUACAAAAUUUUGUUAAACCAACUUUUACUCAAAUUAGAUCAAAAUCUUUAUCACCAAAUAAAAAAUUUACUUUAUUAUCACCAUCAAAUUCCAACAAGUCUUCACCAAAUACUUCACCAAAAGUUCAAUUACCAAGUAUUGCAGCUACUUUGAAAACCGAACCAGUUAUCCCAACAGUUUCAUUAGAUUAUUUUGAUACAUAUAAACCAAAUGAUGAAAAUUGGAGAUAUGAAUUACUUGAUAAAAUAACAAAAGAAUCAAAACAUUUUCAUUUAAAUCAAUAUAAUUAUCUCAAUAAGCGUAACGACAACAAGCCAAAUUUUGAUUCAAAAAUUAGUACAAAAAUUCAAUAUACAUCACCAGUUAAAUCAAAAUCAAAUAAAGAAGUCAAUUUCCCAUUUGAAUCAAAUUAUACUUACUUAAAUCAAACAUAUAUGAAAGAUGUUAAAAAUUUCCCAGAAUAUUUAGAAUUAGCACAAUCAUUAAUCAAAUUAUCAGAUAAUAAAGUUGAACCAAGAUCUUCACAACAACAACAACAACAACAACAACAACAACAACAAUCACAACCACCAUUACCACAGAUGCAACCAAUGUAUAAUAAUCCCUUACCGCUGGUCGGUCCUUCAUCAUACUACCCAUCAAAUAAUCACACUGUAUUACCAAGCAUAUCACAAACAUUACCAAACAUUCAACAAUUACCAUUAUAUCAUUAUCAUCAAUCACCACAAACUCAUAAAUUUAUACCCAUAUCUCCAACUUCAAAUUCAAACACAAAAAUAAAAUCAAGAUCUGAAUUAUUAAAAUCACCACCAAAAUCUUAUAAUACAUCUAGAGUAUGUAUUUCAUGUGGAUCAGAUCAAUCACCAUGUUGGAGACCUUCUUGGUCAAUUAAAGAAGGUCAAUUAUGUAAUUCUUGUGGGUUAAGAUAUAAAAAAACAUCUGCAAGAUGUCUUAAUAAUAAUUGUAAAAAAAUUCCAGCAAAAGGUGAAUGGUCAUUAAUGCAAAGUAAAGGUAAAGUAACUUUUGAAGAUGGUAUGAAAGGUUAUAGUUGUUUAGAAUGUGGUUGGAGAGUUGAAGUAAAUGAUCAAUUUAAUAGUUAA